GUGUUCUUGGGAUCCAUGGAGAUACCACACAAUAUUACAGAAUUUAUCAUGUUGGGCCUUUCACAGAAUCCAGCGAUACAGAGAUUUCUGUUUAUCGUUUUCUUGACCAUCUAUGUAGCAACGAUUUGUGGUAACAUUCUUAUUGUAGUCACCAUCACCUCUAGUUCCACCCUGACCUCCCCCAUGUAUUUCUUCCUGGCCAAUCUGUCUUUCAUUGAUACUUGCUACUCUUCUUCUAUGACCCCUAAACUCAUCACAGACUCCUUGUAUGAGGGAAGAGCCAUCUCUUACGAAGGCUGCAUGACUCAGCUCUUUGGAGCCCAUUUCUUGGGAGGUGUUGAGAUCAUACUGCUCACAGUGAUGGCCUAUGACCGCUAUGUGGCCAUCUGCAAGCCUCUGCACUACUUGACCACCAUGACCAAGCAUCUCUGUGCCUUGCUUGUGGGGGUAGCCUGGCUGGGGGGCUUUCUGCAUUCAUUGAUUCAGCUCCUCCUUGUCCUUCAGCUGCCUUUCUGUGGGUCCAAUGUGAUCAAUCACUUUGUCUGUGACUUAUACCCCUUGAUAGAACUUGCCUGCACCAACACGUAUGUCAUCGGCCUGCUGGUGGUUGCCAACAGUGGUGUGAUCUGCCUGUUGAACUUCCUGAUGCUGGCUGCUUCCUACAUUGUCAUCCUGCGCUCCCUACGAUGUCACAGUGCCGAGGGGAGGCGCAAAGCCCUCUCCACCUGUGGGGCCCACUUCACUGUUGUUGCCUUAUUUUUUGUGCCCUGUGUAUUUACUUACAUGCGCCCAUCCUCUACUCUAUCUAUAGACAAACACAUGGCAGUGUUUUAUGGGAUUCUGACACCUAUGUUGAAUCCACUCAUUUAUACCCUAAGAAAUGAAGAGGUAAAAUCUGCUAUGAGAAAGCUCUUUAUAUAA